AUGGGGAAAGCAAAGGUAACGCCAUUGAAGAAAGUUUCAAUUCCCAGAUUAGAGCUGUUAGCUGCAGUUUUGGCAGUAAAAUUAGACAGUAUCGUUAGACGUGAGACCACUCCUCGGUUUAAGAUCGCCGAGACCACCUUCUGGAGUGAUUCCAUGAUUGUGUUGGGGUAUAUUACCAAUGAGACGAAGAGAUUUAAAACCUUCGUUGCAAACCGAGUCACGAAAAUCAGAGAAGCUUCUAAACCACACCAAUGGAGACAUGUGAGGAGCGAAGAUAAUCCCGCAGACGAAGGGUCUAGAGGAACCCUACAGAUGAGAAAAUGGGUAACAGGUCCAGGCUUCUUGUUAGAUUCCGAAGAAAGGUGGCCAAGAAACCCUAUCUUAGAUAUGAACUUAGCUGGCGAUCCAGAAGUUAAGCUGUCUGUCUUCACCCAUACAACCAAGGAAAAACCCAAAAAUGAUGUUCUGGAAGCACUAUCAUCGAAAAUUUCGACAUGGACAAGACUACUCAGGGUGUAUGCAUGGGUGCUGCGUUUUGCUAAGAACCUACUUUCUGAGGCUAGGCGAGUUAAGAGUAGCAGUCUCUCUGUGAGUGGGAUUAGAGCAAGUGAAUCCAAAAUCCUUAAUUGGUUGCAGCGGACCGAACUGUCUAAUUGGAAAACUAACAAGAGCCUCACCAAACUUAGUCCUGUUCUGAUGACAGAUUUAUUAAGAGUAGGGGGAAGAGUAAAUCAAGCCCAAGUUUCAGAAGAGAAGAAGCAUCCAGUGAUACUGCCAGCAAGAACGAACAUCACCAAACUCAUAAUCCGACAUCACCAUGAGGCAGUGGGUCAUAGCGGUUGGGCAUCAACCCUCAACUCAAUUAGAGAACGCCGCUGGUUGAUCAAUGGUCGUUCUGCUGUCAGAAGUGCAACUAGAAAUAGUGUAGUUUGCAAAAAAUAUCAGGCAAAACCAGUUCAGCAGAUUAUGGCUGACUUACCAGCAGACCGAAUUACCGAUAAUAAGCCGCCCUUCACGUUUGUAGGUAUCGACUACUUCGGACCGAUCGAUGUAAAACAAGGGAGAAGUCGAGUUAAAAGGUACGGGUGUAUCUUCACUUGUUUAGUUAGCAGAGCCGUACACCUGGAGCUUGCCAAAGGGCUUGAUGCAGACUCGUUUAUCAAUGCGUUACGCAGAUUUUUAGCUAGGAGAGGUCAGCCUGAGAGAAUAUAUAGUGACAACGGUACGAACUUUCAUGGUGGAGAGAGAGAUUUAGCCGAAGCUAUCAAGUCAUUUAACAACAAUCAGAUUGAGACUUUCUGCCAUACCAAGAUGUUUGAGUGGCACUUCAAUCCACCCAAUGCAAGUCACUUUGGAGGUGCCUGGGAGAGAUUAAUAAAAUCAGUCCGCAGAAUUUUGUACGGUGUAUUGAGGCAGCAAACAGUUUGUGAGGAUGUUUUGUCCACUGUCUUGACUGAAGUUGAGUCGAUUCUUAAUUCCAGGCCACUAACAAGCAUCUCACAAGAUAUAAGAGACGAACAACCUUUAACUCCUACCCAUUUGUUACUGCUCAGACAGGGUCCUGACGCUCCUUUAGGUAAUCGUGUAGACAAAUCAGCAUCCUAUGGGAAGAAGAGAUGGUUGCAGGUCCGGUACCUGGCUUCCUUAUUUUGGACGUGUUGGCGUAAAGAGUAUUUACCACUUCUACAGCAACGGAAUAAAUGGACUACACCAAAGGAAAACGUUAGGAAAGAAGAUCUUGUACUCCUGGUAGAUGAGACAACACCUAAGGGAAGAUGGCCGAUGGGCAAGGUUGUCCAGGUGUAUAAAAGCAAAGACGGUCGUGUGCGAAGCGUGGAUGUUAAGGUCAACAACAGUGUACUCAAGCGACAAGUUGUUAAAAUUUGUAUCGUGUAUCGAUCAUCUAUAGCUAAUCUUUAG